AUGGCGGAACCCGAGUUUUCGCGUGCUCGGCUUUUAAGUCGUGCUGGAUAUUCGCAGCGACAGUCAGAUCGAUCGUCUGGAUCUCAGCAGACCUCAGAGGAUUCGAGAACUGUUACGCCCGCACCGUCUUACUGGAGCGACCGUCGCUAUCGUUUACUCCGUACUUUGGCACCAAGCCCUUAUCGUUCGUCUCCGUUCUAUGCAUCCGCGGUUUCUUUGCCGGAUAUCAAAGAAGCUGUGAACGAAGAGAACGAGAACAGCAGCAAUAGUUCCGUUGAACAUGACAAGAAUGCUUUACGUCUUGGCCGAGUUUAUCGAGCUUCCUCCCAACAGGAUUUGGAACUUGCCGAAGGCAGCAACAGUGACAAUUUGGUCGCGGCAGUUCGUCAAUCAUCGUCGAAAAACGUGAGCAAUUCACAAUCGGAAGCAUCCAGGUUUUCGGACCGAGGCGGAUCUUCUGGAGUUCAGCCGCCGCUUUUGUCAAGAAAUCCAGAAAACGGCUUGAACUAUCCAGACGAAAUGAAAGGAACACCGGUCUCGUCCUUGCAUGAUGAGAAAACCAACAAACCCCGGCUAUCACUGUACCCUGGAAUGCGAAUGCAUCUCAUUGCCUUCAGUGCGUUAACAAUCCGAGCCAACCUGGUAAUGUGGGAAUUUCAGUGGUUUUUGCUUGUUUCUGUAUUUGGAACCUACACUAUGAUCGAUACAUCCGAAUGA